AUGCCCGCCAUUGUCACCAGUGACUUUGCUGCUGCCUCUGAUGGCUCCACCAUCUGGGUCUACUACCAGAACGAUGCCAAUGAGCUUCGUGAGGUGACCUCUUCGGACGGAUCCAAAUGGACUGAAACUUCUAGCGCUGUCGCUGACAAGCUUAAUGCCGGUGGCUCUCCUAUCACGGCCUACUAUAUCAAGAACGACGGUACUGCUGGAGGCAAGCCUGCGAUCCACGUCAUCUACAUCGACGCAUCUGGGAUCCUUCACGAGGUGGUCAAGACCCCUCUUGACAACCAAAAAUGGGAGGCACGCAAGCUGUCGGAUGACAUCAAGAAAGCACCCAUCCAGACCUCUCGUCUCGCUAGUGGAGUUUGUCAUGACACCGCCCCUGGUGCUCAUCAGUGGAUCUUCUUCGAAAAACUGGACUCGGAAUCUGGUAUUCCUCAAAUCGCCGAGCUCCGCAGCGGCUCGGAGAGCAGUUUCAAAUGGGUCUAUCAAACCAUUCUUCCUGAGAAGCCGGCCAGCGCUCUCCCCGGUACUCAGUUGGCCACCAACAUCACCGAUCCCGCCAACCGCCUCUUCUUCCAGGACCACAACGGUGACGUUGCCGAGUAUAUCGGUGGUUAUGAUAGUUGGAAUGGUACGGAUCCCCUCUCUCCCUUCUCCUUCCCUGCCUUCUCUUCCUUAUCCCCUCCUAAAUCCUCCCCAGUCCCUAGCCACCCCACCCAGCCCUUAAGAAAACCAAAUAACACCGCUGCAGACCACGCCGAAAUCCUCACCAACGACAAAGUAGAAAUCAACACCCCCAUCUCAGCAGCCGAGUCCUCGGUCCCGGAAAAGCCGUAUGUAUUCUACGUAUCGAAGAGCACGCCGCUCAUGAUGAUGUGCUACGACCAUGACAAGUCGACCGAAGUCGGCAAGUACUAUCCCGGUACGAAGAUCGAUGCGAUCACUGUUGGGAAGAAGGUGCUUUUGUUCCAUAAGCCGCUUGAGCAUCCGGGUAGUGUUUGGACUAGGGUUUUUGAUGGGAGUGAGUGGAAGAUGGGAGCGCAGGUUGUUGGGGCAUAG